AUGCGAAAGUAUAAAAAUAUAACUGAGAUCUCUCUCACUCUCUCUCUCUCUCUCUCUCUCUCUCUCUAUUUAUCUAUCUCUGAUCCUUAUCUAUCUACAAUGUCUGAUCAUUAUCUAUCUAUCUAUCUAUCUAUCUAUCUGUUGAGAUUAGAGAGAUCAGUCCAUUCUGAUGAGAAGGUGGGUGCGCCCCAACACUAUCUAUCUCUGAUCCCUAUCUAUCUAUCUAUCUAUCUAUCUAUCUAUCUAUCUCUGUUAUACCGAAGAAAACCUCUCUCUCUAUCUAUCUAUCUAUCUAUCUAUCUAUAUAUAUACUUAUUUUCCUCUUCUAUAGUUCUUUCUUUCAUUUCUUUCUUUCUUUCUUUCUAUCCGUUAGCUUUUUGCUUUUUUCUUUCAUCUUUCUUUUUUCUUUCUUUCUUUCUUUCUUUCUUUCUUUCUUUCUUUCUUUCUUUCUUUCUUUCAGUCAGCUCUUCUUUCGUUUUUAUUCUUUCUUUCUUUCCGUUAGCUAUUCUUUCUUUCUUUCUUUCUUUCUUUCUUUCUUUCUUUCUUUCUUUCUUUCUUUCUGUUAGCUCUUCUUUCUUUCUUUCUUUCUUUUUCUCACUGUUGCCAAGUGAAUCCUAUCUUUUCUAUCUGUUUCUAUCUUUUUUUUUCUUUUUUGCUGUUUUUCUUAUUCAAUGGGACUUUCUUUUCUUAUUUCAGUUCAUUUAUUGUUUCUCUUUUUUGUCACUGAUUUUUAUUAACACGUUUUCUUCUUUCUUUCGUUCUUUCGUUUUUCAUAACUUUUAUUCAUUUUUCUUUCGUUUAUUAUUUUUACUUUCUUUCCUUUGUAUUCCUUUCAUUCAUUUUUCUUUGUUUCUUUUUGUUUGUUUGUUUCUUUUAUCUUUCUUUGGUUUAUUUUCUUCUUUUUUAUGUCUCGAUUCGCAAUUCUUUGUUUCUUUCUUUGUAUUUCCUCUUCUAUUCUUCAUUCAUUCUUUCUUUCUCUGUUUCUUUGUAGUUCCACUUGUAUUGUUCUUUCUUUUCCUUAGGACUUUCUUUCAUUCUUUCUUUCUAUGUAGUACCUCUUCUAUUUUUCUUUUUUACUUUCUUUCUUUCUUUGUACUUCCUCUUCUACUGUUAUUUCUUUCUUUCUUUUUACUUCCACUUUUAUUGUUCUUUCUUUCUAUUAGGUCUUUCUUUCUUUCCUUUUUUGUAGUACCUCUUCUCUUUUUCUUUCUUUCUUUCUUUCUUUCUUUCUUUGUAGUUCGUCUAGUAUUGUUCUUUCUUUCUUUUCAUUAUGUCUUCUUUCUUUCUUUCUUUCUUUCUUUCUUUCUUUGUAGUUCGUCUGGUAUUGUUCUUUCUUUCUUUUCAUUAUGUCUUCUUUCUUUCUUUCUUUCUUUCUUUCUUUCUUUCUUUGUAGUUCGUCUGGUAUUGUUCUUUCUUUCUUUUCAUUAUGUCUUCUUCCUUUCUUUCUUUCUAGUUCCUCUUCUAUUGUUCGUUCUUUCAUUCUUUCUUUUUCCUCUUCUGUUCAUAAUUUUUCUUUCGUUCUUUCUUCCAUCCUUUCUUUCUUUGCAGUUCCUCUUCUAUUGUUCUCUCUUUCUUCUUUUCUUUCUUUGUAUUUCCUCUUGUAUUGUUCUUUCUUUCUUUUUUUCUUUCUUUUUUCUUUCUUUCUUUCUUUGUAUUUCCUUUUUUAUUUUUCUUUCUUUCCAUUUAUUUCCCUAUUGUUUCUUUUUUUCUUUCAUUCAUAAAUUUUAUUCUUUAUUUCAUCUUUUUCUAUUAUUCUUAAUUUCUUUCUUUCUCUUUUUCAUAUGUACUUUCUUUUUUUUUCUCUCUUCCCAUUUUAAUCCUUUGUAUUUUUUCGUUUCUUCUUCUUUUUAUAUUCUUCUUCUUAAUACUUUUUCGUUUGUUUGCUUUUUCCUUUUACUCUUUCUUUCUUUCUUUCUUUCUUUCUUUCUUUCUUUCUUUCUUUCUUUCUUUCUUUCUUUCUUCCCUUUUAUUCUAUUGUUUGUUCCCUUUCAUAUUAUUUCUUCUUCUUCUUCUUCUUCUACUUCUUCUUCUUCUUCUUCUUCUUCUUCUUCUUCUUCGUAUUAUUAUUAUUAUUAUUAUUAUUAUUCCAUUUAA